AUGGAUCCCGCAAAGCCCGUCGAUCUGCCCGAGAGGCCCAAGGCGGCCACUGAGCCCACCGAGGCCAUCGAGGCCACCGGUCCCCCUAAGAAGUCGAAGAGUCAGGAGAAGAAAGAGGCAGCCGCCGCCAAGAAGGCCGCAGCUAAGCUCGCAAAAUUGAAUGAGCCCAAGCCCAAGGGAGAGGCUAAGCCGAACCCCAAGGCCAAGGAAGCUCCUGCUCCCCGCGACCCCAAUGCCAUGUUCAAAGUCGGUUUCUUGUCGGACGUGUACCAGGAAAAGCCAGUCUCCGAGACCGUCCCCAAGAUUCGCACGCGAUUCCCGCCCGAGCCCAACGGAUUCCUCCACAUUGGACACAGCAAGGCCAUCGCAAUUAACUUUGGUUUUGCAAAGUACCACGGCGGUGAGUGCAUUCUGCGCUUCGACGAUACCAACCCAGAAGGCGAGGAGGAGCGCUUCUACAAUGCCAUCCGUGAGAUCGUGACAUGGCUCGGGUUCACGCCCGUGCGUGAGACCUGCGCCAGCGACAACUUCGACCGUCUCUAUGAGCUCGCCGAGGAUCUUAUCGAGCGCGAUGGCGCAUACGUCUGCCACUGCACCAAGGCCGAGAUCAAGGCCCAGCGUGGUGAGAUUGAGGGCGGCCAGCGCGGCGGAGAACGUUUCGCCUGUAGCCACCGUACCCGUCCCAUUGCAGAGUCCAUGGCUGAGUUCCGGGCCAUGCGCGACGGCGGCAAAUACAAGGCCGGCGAGGCUGCCCUUCGCAUGAAGCAGGACAUCACAGACCCCAACCCCCAGAUGUGGGAUCUGUUCGCCUGGCGUAUCAUGGACAACGAGGACAAGCAGCACCACCGCACCGGCGGCAAGUGGAAGAUCUACCCGACAUAUGACUUCGCCCACUGCCUGUGCGAUAGCAUCGAGGAGAUCUCCCACUCCCUCUGCACAACCGAGUUCGAGCUCUCCCGCGUCUCCUACGACUGGCUCUGCAACAAGCUCGAAGUCUACCGCCCCAACCAGCGCGAGUACGGCCGUCUCAACAUCACUGGCACCGUCCUCUCCAAGCGCAAGAUCAUCCAGCUCGUCAAAGAAGGCCACGUCCGCGACUGGGACGACCCGCGCCUGUACACGCUGAUUGCGCUCCGCCGUCGCGGCGUGCCCCCCGGCGCGAUCCUUGCCUUCGUCAACGACCUCGGCGUCACAAAGAACGUCACAAAUGUCCAAGUCUCCAAGUUCGAGUCCAUCGUCCGCGCAUACCUCGAGACCACCGUUCCCCGCCUAAUGGUCGUCCUGGAGCCAUUGAAGGUCAUCAUCGACGACCUCCCAGACGACCACCUCGAGCUCCUCGACUGCCCCUUCUCCAAGGACCCAGCCUUCGGCACGCACAACAUCCCCUUCACAAAGACCGUGUACAUUGAGCGCGCGGACUUCCGCACCGUCGACUCAGACGACUACUUCCGUCUCGCACCAGGCAAAACAGUCGGCCUCCUCAAAGCCCCCUACCCCAUCACCGCGACCUCCUACGAGACCGACGCCUCCGGCACCGUUACCGUCGUCCACGCCAAGUACGAAAAGCCCGCCGAAGGCGCCGCCCCCAAGAAACCCAAGUCCUUCAUCCACUGGGUCGCCGACGCCCCCACGCACAACAGCCCCGUGCGCGCUGAGGUCCGCGCUUUCAACUCGCUCUUCAAGUCCGAGGACCCCUCUGCGCACCCCGAUGGCUUCCUCGCUGAUAUCAACCCCGACUCCGAGGAGAUCUACAAGGAUGCCAUGGUUGAGGUUGGGUUCCGGGAUAUUUCGGCUUCUGCGCCUUGGCCGAAGGAGCAGGGCGCUGGCGAGGAGGGUGGAAAUGAGGCUAACAAGCAUUCUGUGCGCUUCCAGGGUAUGCGUGUUGCGUACUUUGCUGUUGAUCGCGAGUCGACGGAUGAGAAGCUUGUGCUUAACCGCAUCGUUACCUUGAAGGAGGAGAAGGGUAAGAACUAG